GUCUUUCCAUCAACAUUCGGCUCAAAUGGUAACAUCCAUAAAGUUUAUGCCAAAGACUGCGUAACCAUCAAUUCAUAUAAAAACUACAUUUCAUUCUUGCAUUUUUCUAUUUAUUCCUCAUCGAUUUAAUGGCAAGAAUUUCUUAUAUCUUCGUGGCCAUUGCUCUUAGCUUUUCAGCUAGUGUCCUUGGUUUAACUGAUACUACUUAUGAAAUAAGUUCCUCCGCUCCGGGCUACAAGGUUCAUGGCCAUGUUGACAAGACCAAGUCUGGCCUCCAAAUCCCUCUAUCUCUCAAUGGCAAAGCUCCAAACACAUUCGGCAAGACAAUCAAGGAUCUUGUGGUAGAUGUUGAGUAUGAAACCAAAGACAGACUUCAUGUCAAGAUUUCUGAUAAAGCAAAGAAGCAAGCCCUUGUGCCUGAUUCGCCUAUUGGUCUGGAGCGUCCCAAGAUCUCUUCUUUUGCUACAAAUGACAGAAACUAUGAUUUUGAAUACACUGCCCAGCCUUUUAGUUUCAAAGUCAUUCGUAAAAGUGACAAGACUAUCAUUUUUGAUACUUCGGGCCUUCCUUUGGUAUUUGAAGAUCAAUAUCUUGAAUUGUCUACCAAGAUCCCUCAUGAUGCCAAUAUCUAUGGUUUUGGUGAAGUUACUGCCCCUUUUAAACGUACUACUAAUGUUACCACUAUUUGGGCUCGUGAUAAUGCUGAUGACUUCUAUGCAAACAUUUAUGGAUCCCACCCUUACUACAUGGAAGUGAGAGAAGGAAAAGCCCAUAGUGCGCUUUUGUUAAGUGCGCAUGGUAUGGAUGUCAUAACAACUGAAGGACGCAUCACUUACAAGGUCAUCGGUGGUAUCCUUGACUUUUACUUCUUUGUUCCCAAGUCUGGCUCUCCUAAUGAUGUGACAGUUGCUUAUACUGAUUUGGUCGGUAAACCACUUAUGCCAUCUCACUGGAUGCUUGGAUGGCACCAUUGCCGUUAUGGCUAUAAAAACAUUGAUCAAGUAGAAACCGUGGUGAAACGCUAUAAGGAAGCCAAUAUUCCUCUCCAAACUGCUUGGGUCGAUAUUGAUUACAUGGAAGAAACCAAGGACUUUACUGCAGAUCAAAAGAAUUUCCCUCUUGACCGUAUGAUUGAUUUUGGCAAGGACCUUCACAAACAUGGACAAAACUAUGUCAUGAUGGUUGACCCUGCUAUCUCUGCCAACACAAGUUACUCUCCUUAUAACCGCGGUAUUGAGCUUGAUGUGUUUAUCAAAAACCCUGAUGGUUCAGAUUAUAUCGGUGCUGUCUGGCCCGGUUAUACUACCUUCCCUGAUUUCACUCACCCUAAUAUUUCCAAGUAUUGGGACAAGGAAAUUGCCGAUUGGGUCAAUUUGAUUGGUCUUGAUGGUCUCUGGAUUGAUAUGAAUGAACCUGCUAGUUUCUGCUUAGGGUCAUGUGGUACUGGUAAAGUCAAUGCUGGUAAACAGCCUUAUCGUUGGACAUUGCCUCAAGAAGAACAAGGUGCCAAUCAUGCUAAACAAGAAGAUGCUUUGAUUGCAAUGGGCAAUCCUAAGGGUGAAGACCGUAAUUUGCUAUAUCCCAAGUAUGCUAUUAACAAUGGUGGUGGCAAUCUUUCUGAAUUGACUGUAGCUACUACAGCUCUCCAUUAUGGUGAUGUGCCUCAUUAUGAUAUUCAUAAUAUCUAUGGCCACUCUGAAUCUUACGUUACAAGACAAGCACUUAUCAAGAAUCAAAAGGAUAUUCGGCCUUUUAUUUUGACUCGUUCUACUUAUGUUGGUACUGGAAAAUAUGCUGGUCAUUGGACAGGUGAUAAUCACUCUUUAUGGUCUUAUCUCAAGAACUCACUUGCCAAUGUAUUUAAUAUGCACAUGUUUGGUAUCACUUACUCUGGUGCAGAUGUCUGCGGUUUCAACCAAAACACAACAGAAGAACUCUGUACACGCUGGAUGGAAAUUGGUGCCUUCUAUACCUUUGCUCGUAACCAUAAUGCCAUUGAUCAAGCUGAUCAAGAACCUUAUCUUUGGAACAGUACCGCAGAAGCUAGUCGUAAAGCGCUUGCUGCUCGUUAUGCUAUGCUUCCUUACUACUACACACUUCAUGAAGAAUCCAACCGUUUAGGUACUGCUGUCUGGCGUCCCUUGAUCUUUGAAUACCCUCAUCACAACGAGUUUGCUAAUAACGAUGUCCAAGUCUUGGUGGGAUCUGAUGUUCUCUUGUCUCCUGUGCUCAAUGAGGGUGAUACUACAGUUGUUGCCCAAUUCCCAUCAAAGAGUAUCUGGUAUGAUUGGUACACUUUGGAAACAGCUGUUGAUAACAAGAGUGACAAGUCUCAAAAGGUGACUUUGGAUGCUCCUUUAACACACAUUCCUAUCCAUGUGCGUGGUGGCAGUAUUAUUCCCACCAAGACUCCCAAGUACACUGUAGGCGAAACAUUUGCUACUGAUUACAAAUUGAUCAUUGCUCUUGAUCAUAAUAAUGAAGCUUCUGGAAGGCUCUACAUUGACAAUGGUGAAUCUCUGCAUGUUAAGUCUAGCUCAGAUAUCAAGUUUAGUUACAAGCAUGGCCAACUCAAAGCUUCUGGCAAGUUUGGUUACAAGAAGCCUGAAAAACUCGCUUCUGUGACUAUUGUUGGAAAAGCCGCUACCCAAUUCAAGCAUGCUCGUAUCAAUGAAAAGUCAUACAAGUUGUCUCAUGAUAACAAGAAUACAGUUGUCCUUGAAGAUAUUUCCAUCAGUUUGACAAAGUCUUUUACUAUCAAGUUUGAUUAAAAUUAAAUAAAUAUUGUAUGGUG